AUGAAUGCCAAAGCCAGCUCCAGCGCGAAGAAGUCGCCGCCCCGUCCGCUGCCUCGACCGCCGCCAUGGAAGCCGCCGCCAGGUGCCUCUCUCGCAACGAGUGAAGUGCGUCGUUCGCCCCCUCUGCCUCCUCGUCCGGAGCCUUCAAGUCGACCGCUACUGCCUACCCUCGCUCGCAGCGUUACGGAAACACCCUGCUCGUCUGGAUUCGUCGCCCAGCCGAGGACCAUCGCCGAAGGACUGGCAGCCACCCGCCCGGAAGAACUGCCGAAAGAGUCGCCGAUAGGGAACCGGACACGGGCGAAGAAGAAGAAGAGGAUGGAGUGCCCCCCGACACAGGCCGGACUGUCGAUGCCUACGCUCUACGAGCUGUUCUCGGAUCCGCCAGCGGAAGGUAGCCUGCCGGUUCAACCGGAGCGAGAGAGCCCCCCCACCAGCCCUGCCGAAAUGGACAGAAGAGGAACGGAGACAAGCUCACCGGAGUCUCCGGUCGGAGCCGGCACAGUUUCGACGAGCGCCGUCUCACCGCCUGCCUCUCCGGCUGGACCCCGCUCCUACGCCGCCGCAGUCACUGGACGCGAACGGGAGACGCCCACCGCUGACGUCACCCCGACCGACCCUUCGUCGGAGAGAGAUGCGAACUCCGCUGGUCAGAGAAUUGUUUCAUCGAUCCCGAACUCGCCUGCCACCCAGGGAAGAAGCAGCCCCGCUCCGAGGACCGACAGCCCUGACGGCACUAGCGAAAGGCUUCCCGCCGACGCCCCGCCCUGCUUCGUCAAGGAGGCGGAGCUUAACCUAACAUUUCCUUUAAAGCUCCUUCCUGGGGGAGUCAUGGACGGGUGUAAAACAAUCCCUGCUGCGUCAUCUGUUGGCUGA